AUCAUCUUCGAUCGAUGUCGGCACUUCUGUUCAUCGCCAGUGCCGGCCUCGUGCUGCCCGCGCCUCCGCAGCGCGCGCACGCCGCGCGUCGCGCCGCGCCGACCACGAUGCUAGACAUCCCUCGCAUCACGCUGCCGGCCGCCGUCGCGGACCCCAUCAAGGACCUCGACCUCAAGAGCCCAAACGACCUCUCGCAAGCAGAGUACAAUUCGUACUCCGCGGCUGCCAUCGGAGGCACGCUCAUCUUCUUCAUCCUGCCCCUCUUUGACAUCCUCGGCUUCUUUGGCGACUUCGUGUUCUCGGCGCUCGUCGGCGGCGGCGUCGGCGCCUAUGCAUCGCUUCGCAAGGAUUCGGUGGGCGAGUAUGCGAACAAGUUUGGCGGCGCGCUGCUGACUGCGGCCGACAAGGCAGCGGCGGAGGCGCCGGGCCUGAAAGACAAGCUGCAGAAGCUCGUCGACGACAUCAAGAGCUAGAGCGCCGCUUGCGGCCGGCCCCUACCGUGGGAAUGGGAAUGAUCUCUCGCUCAGAGGCGCUUGCCAGCAUGAGCGCAGUCCUCCGAAUGGCGGCCCGUGCCGCGCGGCGUUCUGCGGGCCCAUAUACGUUUUGCGACACUGCAUGGACAUGGCGGCCUGCCGCGAGGGCCGAGCACGCGUCGACGACCGUAGACCGAGAGCGAGCGCGCCCUGCACGGGAGGCGCCCGCCUCGGCCUCGCGCAACCCUGUGGCCUGUGCGCUGCCCGACCAGGCACCGUCGCCAUGUCACCCCCCCCGUAUGUCGCCAUGUCACCCCCCGUUGUCGUGGAGCCCCCACCAUGCUACGAAUUGUUAUUUUAAAUAUGGGGCACAUCAGACAUCCC